AUGUGUAUUAGUGAGAAAGAUGAGACUUACACCAAAAACUACAUCAGGUUAGAUGUACAUUUUAAUUUCUUUGCAUACGGGGACCAGGUACUGAAGUACCUUUCUGUUUCAGGUACUACAAAGCAUCUCUGGAAAUUUCUACUUGAGUUGCUCGACAACCCGGAGUUUUGCCCACGAUACAUCAAGUGGAUAAACCGCGAAAGUAAUAUCUUCAAACUGGUAAACCCCAAAAUGGUAGCUUCCCUUUGGGGAAUACACAAAAAUAAGCCAGACAUGACUUAUGAAAGUAUGGGAAGAGGAUUGAGGUACUACUACAAGCGUGGAAUUCUAGCCAAAGCAAAGUGCAAGGGGCAAUCACACACUUACAAAUUUGAACGCAUACCAUUGAGGAAUGACGAGGAAGAAUCCAUUGAUGUCUGCCAAACAUUUGCCCGUCAUGAGGGUCCUAUCGAUGUACAUUACAACCAUGUAAAAGAUGAACCAUUAGAGACUUAUUAACAUGUUGAGUGUGAUAAGACAUACUGGUCACAUCCUGGUUAAAAUGUACUGUCUCACUCAAUGUGAUAAUACAUCGGUUGCAGAUUUGACCACAAUGUGAUCAGACAUUAUUUUAAGUAGGGAAAUCAUGCUGCAACAAAUUUGUUAACACAUUGGGUAUAAUGUGACUUUGAGGUGGCCUUAAUGUGGAUUAUUUUGUUAACCCCAGUAGCAGAAAAUUGCCGCAUUGGCAUCAAUUAUUUGUCACUGUGAUGUGUUUUCUUUCAUUAAUGUUGACAACAAUAUGACAAUAUCAAUGGAAGAAAACACGUCAGUGACAACGUAUAUUGUGACAAAUAAUUGAUGUCAAUGUGAUAAUAAUUUGUGACAGUUCUCUGCUACUGGGAAAGGUUCAACAUCAUGUGCAGUCUGAACAAAAGAAAAAAAUAAAAUAGGAGAGCUCUAGGACUUCUCUCAAGAGUCUUUCUACAUUGCACUAAGGCAAUGUUUCUAUGUAACGUUUGAGUGAAAUUUUGUAUAGUUUAUUAUUAAGAAUGUUUGUGAUGCUCUGCUUCUGAUGGCAUCGAUGGAUAAGUACAUAGGUUCCUUCAUAAGUAAUACUUUGAUGGUGAUGGGAAAAUUUCUUGAUGAGUUUGGUAGAAAGAAAGUUAUGUUACGUAGACAGUUGUAAAUAUUUAACCUUUGUUUGAUUGGGAAAAAGUAAAUAAAAGGUGUAUUAAACACAACACAAUGUACAUUAAAAGUUGUCAAAAAUGCA